AUGGACAUAGCUGAAGAGCUUGAACACACUUUAAUGGCUUGUGCUAAGGCAGUUGAACAAAACAAUCUACCUGCAGCUGAAGCUCUUGUGAAACAGAUCGGAGACCUAGCUGUAUCACAAGAAGGUGCUAUCAGAAACGUUGCAACGUUCUUCGCCGAAGCUCUUUCCCGGCGAAUCUACGGCGUGUUUCCAAAGAAUCCUGUUCCCGAUCCGCUUGAAAUCCAUUUCUAUGAAUCUUAUCCUCACCUAAAGUUUGCUCACUUUACAGCGAAUCAAGCUAUUCUCGAAGCUUUUCAAGGAAAACAUCGUGUUCAUGUAAUUGAUUUCUCUAUCAAAGAAGGAAUGCAGUGGGCGGUUCUUUUGCAGGCACUCGCCUUGCGUCCUGGUGGUCCUCCUGUUUUUCGUCUCACCGGAAUCGGUCCACCGGCGUCUGAUAACUCCGAUCAUCUCCAACAGGUUGGUUGGAGGCUUGCUCAGCAUGCGCAGCAGAUCGGCAUUCAGUUUGAAUAUCGCGGUUUAGUCGUUAAUAAUCUCGCUGAUCUUGAUUCUUCCAUGCUUGAACUCAGUUCGCCGGAGAUUGAAACCACCGCUGUUAAUUCUAUUUUCGAGCUUCAUAAACUGAACGCUUAUCCAGGUGAGCUUGAGAGAGUGUUAUCUGUUAUCCGAGAAAUUCGGCCGGAGAUUGUCACUGUCGUGGAACAGGAAGCGAAUCACAAUGGACCGGCUUUUCUCGACCGGUUCUGCGAGUCACUGAAGUACUACACGACUCUGUUUGACUCGCUGGAAGGGCCGUCGGCGGAAGAGAAGGACAAAGCUAUGUCGGAGGUGUACAUAGGGAACCAAAUCUGCAACGUGGUAGCGUGUGAGGGAACAGACCGGGUCGAGCGUCAUGAGAAUCUGAACCAGAGGAGGAAUCGGUUCAGUUCGGCUGGGUUUUCUCCGGUUCAUUUGGGACCUAACGCGUUAAAGCAAGCGAGUGUGUUGCUGAAGCUUUUUGUCAAUGGGGAUGAUUACAAUGUGGAGGAGAAUGAUGGUUGUCUUAUGCUAGGUUGGCGCGCUAGGGCUUUGAUUGCAACGUCUGCUUGGAAACUCGCCGCCAACUCAGCGGUGGUUUAA